UCCGUGAUUUUUUGUUUUUCCAAAUACCAUCUAUCAAUACAGCGCCCAAACCAAAAGCGCAACUAUCUUCGAAGCUUCAAACUGAACUGAACUCUCAGCCUCUGCUUCUGUCUUUGCAACUUCCCUACUUUUCUUCGAUUCAAGUGUCCAGAUUACAAAAAGGUCAAUGUUGUUUGCGAUCUCGGUCCCAAAUUCUUGCAUAUCUUAUCCAAGAAGCGCCAGUUGCCCUCAUUUUCUCAGAAAGCGUUCCGUUCCAGCGAGGCUUUCUAUACGUGCUUCAUUGCCGGAUAAUAACAAUGGUGCAAAAAUGGAGUAUACUCCUUGGUUGAUCGUUGGAUUGGGAAACCCUGGUAAUAAGUACCAUGGUACAAGGCACAAUGUAAUGCAAUACUUCCAGAAGGUUGGUUUUGAAAUGAUCGAUAGCAUUUCACGAGCAGAGGGCAUAUCAAUGAACACAAUACAGUCAAAGACCUUAAUUGGAAUAGGUUCCAUUGGCGAGGUGCCGAUUUUAUUGGCAAAGCCUCAAGCUUACGUGAAUUACAGUGGAGAAGCAGUUGGACCACUUGCCGCAUAUUAUCAAGUACCAUUGCGUCAUAUUUUAUUGGUUUAUGAUGAGAUGAGCUUACCAAGUGGUGUUUUGAGGCUUCAGCCAAAAGGAGGACAUGGCCAUCAUAAUGGAAUGAGGAGCGUAAUGGAGCAUUUGGAUGGCUGUCGACAAUUUCCUCGGUUGUGCAUAGGCAUCGGAAAUCCCCCUGGAACCAUGGACUUAAAAGCUUUUCUUCUCCAGAAGUUUAGUUCAGUAGAGCGCAAACAGAUUGAUGCAGCCCUUGAACAAGGGGUUGAGGCUGUCAGGAGCCUGGUACUCCAUGGAUUUAGUGAAAACAUCAAUAGAUUUAAUUUGGGGCAAAAAUACAAGUAUCAUAAAGUCUGAUUCUAACGGAUGGAAGGAUUGAAGAAAGAUACAAAUGUCAAUCCGACGCUAUCACAAGUCGCCUAUCGAUGUUAGCCUUGCGUGUUUUGCUCGGUUGGUUGCUUCUCAUCUUUGAGCCAGGAGAUGUAACUUACUGCAGUAUUCUUCCUUAUACUAGCAACCGAAGAGGUGUAAUAAUCUUUCACAAUUUUUUUUAUAGCACAUUGAACUUAAUUUCCCCAAUUGAUGGAAGUUUAUGUCAUGCAAGGUGCACUAAAAUCUUGCUGAAUUUGUCAAAGCUUGUAACCUAAUUGACAUAACUUCUAGUUUCUAAAAUGGAGGUCUGUAGUUCGAAAA